AUGCAAUCUUCCGAAGACUCUACUCCAACGUCUCCACAGCAGCUUGAAUCAAAGCCUUCUGCCAACGAUAAGAGAGUUGUCAUCAUCGGAAUUAUGGGUGAUGCUCUAAAAUCAUCAACAGAAGGGUUGGGACUUGUGGAGGAGCUGAACAAACAAUGUUUGGUGUGUAUGAAUUAUUUGAUGACGAAUAUUGCAUCGAGUACUGGCUCCAGACUUGGAAACCAACUAAACGAACAAUCAGGGCAGCAACAAACGGAAACACAGAAUCUAGAACUUAAAUAUUUAUUGUACAUUUAUGUAAAUAUUGACAGGUUGUUAGACAGAAAUAAGAGUAAUAUUAACAAUGAUAACGCAUCCGAUUUGGCAAAAUUUUUCUUGUAUUGCACGGAAAAUAUCGAGAAACAUGCAAAAUUUAAUUCUGUUUAUGGAACGAAUAUUAACAAGCUAAUAUAUUAUUUGAAAAUAGUAUCAAUGUAUUUAAAUUAUCAGGAACAUUCUUUCCAUGGACAGCUCUUGAACUUCAACGAAAAGGAUAUCAUUUUUCAUGCUCAAUUAAUUUACAAAGUCUGUGUCAGAUUUUUGACCAAUUACAGUAGCAACUUAAAACUGGUGGCAGUAACACUUGUUGCACUUUCUCAAUGCGCCAAAUUCUUAAAUUCUGUCGAUGAUUUCAAUACAGUAUUUCGAAUAUUUUGCACUUACUUGGACUACAAGACAAAAGAAAUGUUAAGUGCUUCACAACAAGAGCAAGUAUCAUCUAACAGCAAUACCUCUCCCAGAAUUCAGAGAGAUCUCUUUGAUAGCCUGGUGAAGUCAACAACUAAUGUAAUUGUGUGUAGAAAUGCUUCUCAAGACCAGAAACGAAAACUUUUUUUUUCAGUAAUGAAUACUGGAUUGGUGUUAUUUAACAGCCUCAAGCUACGGGGAUUCGAUGUCAACCCUAAUAUUAGGCAUUCGAUAUCAAUUAUCGACCAAAUAUUAAGAUAUUGCUCUUCCAUCUAUUUAUUUGUCUCUCAAACCCUCGAAAAGUCUAAACAGCACAAUUGUGAAGAGAACAAAACUUUAAUAUCAGAAUUUAUAAUAGAAUAUGCCAAGCUCAAGAUAGACGAAAAAGAAGAAACAGAACACUUCACACUGCUAACAGCUCUGGUUUCGUGGAUACUUCACGAAAAACCUAUGCAAGAUAUACUGACGCCACUUCUUGAUAUUGUUUGGAAAAUUUUAGAUACGAUAUUUACUCGUCCUAAAAGAAGCAUAUUUUCUACUAUUUACUGUCUUAUUUCGGUUCAAAUUGCUAUAUAUAUGGAUACUUACGAAAAACGUGACGAUUAUGUUGAAUUUGUUCUCAACAACAUUUUACGGGUUAAUAUUUUCUUAAUGCCCGAACUAAUGGAUGCGUUGAAUAAGAAAUUAGAUUUGAGUGAUCUAAAACUUAUAUUUUCAGAGUACCAAAAAUCAACUCUCUAUUCAUACAUGUACCUGGUAGUCAACAAUCUUGUCACAAUCCCUCAAACGAAUCCAUCCAGAUAUAUUGAUUUUAUGUAUGACUUUUCCAAAGAAUUGAGUGACACAUUUUCUCAAGCAUUUUCAAAAAAUAGACCAUCCAAAGGCCCCUCACUGAUCGAUGAAUUAGUAUCAAUGGAGGAUUUGAAAUUUCACCUCAAGAAUAUAUCAAGCUUGCUUCUAGUGUUCAUACUAAAGAUAUAUUCUAACAACUCUAAACUGAUGAACACUUCACAAAGUUUAGCACAAAUAGAGAAAAAUGAAAAGAUUUCUUCUGAGAAUGUGAUUCAAAUAAUUAAGAUUUUUGCCAACACUGAGUUUAUGAAAGAUUUAGAUUCUGUUUCUCUGUAUAUCCAGUUCAUGAGCAAGAUCAUCCAAUAUCAUCAUCAUACUAUUUCUGACUUUAUUUCCUCGGCCACUAUUUUCAACACCCUCAACACACAACUGACCACAUCUGCAGGAAAUAUGGUACUUUUAUCCAUUAUUUACUUUUACCUUAAUUUUUUCUCCUCUCUCGUAAAGAGUAAGCAAUAUCAUGAAGAUUUGUUCAAGCCACAUGUCAUUCCGUUCAUGUUCAAAUGUUUGCUGAACAGUAAUAAGCAAAUUGUGCAACAAGCACAUCAUGUAUUAAUUACCUUCUUUACAGAAAAUUAUAAUGUCAGAAAUUUAAUUUUACCUCACUAUCUCAGAGUUGCGUGUGAUAAGAAGUACUCGAAUACCAAUUCUCAUCUCCAGUCCUUAUUUUGCAAUUCUUUUCACUUUAUUUUUAACCAUAUCAAAGAUUCUAGAUUAAUUGAACACUCAUUGAAUCAAAUUGAACAAUUGAUUAUUCAUUCCAACCAAGCUUCCCAAAAACAUUUGACCAAGCAAUUGAUUCUUCUUUUAUUCCAAUCUUCACAAACCAUUGAAUAUUCUCACCUUCCAAUGUUAUUUUCUCUUUUAAAAAGAGUUCUCCUCUCAGAUAAGCAAUUACCACUUUCUUCACUACUCAGAGAUUUUUAUCAUAUUGUGAACUCUUGCAUUGACUAUGUCAGAAGAGAUGAUUGUGUACAAUUUUAUUUGGAAUUGAGUAAGGAUAUGAUGUGA